AUGAAAGAUGAAUGUAUCCAUGGAGCAUGCAGGGACAUGGUGGUGAAAACAGAAUUGUCUGAAGGCCUGGAGAAGCGAGCGGUCCCAAAGCAGGAAAGAUUUCUUCUGCCUGCAAAAGUGCCUCGCCCAUGCGAAUCGAAUUUAGCAAAAAGGAGUAACACUGGAAAUGGAUUUGAAUUUGAUGACAUGUCAUCUCUGGACAGUUCUGUUCAAACUAUGAAAAUUUUGCCUGAAGAUAUCACCAUGUCAACAGAGUACCCUGAUCCAACCAGAAGAUCCCAUCGGCUCCAGUCAGAUUCGAUCUUUACGGCUUCUAAAUCUCAGCCACUGAUGGAUAACUACAUUAGUAUUCCCACGGAUCUAUAUGACUGCAAUUUAACUGAUUCAUUUGAUAAUAUUUUAAUGACUCAGCUACCACAAAGGUGGGCUCCUGAGAACAGUUUUAAAGAUGCUUUCAAAGACAUGUCACCUGAGGCCUUUCUUAAUGAUUUAAUAAAGCCUUCCUGUGUUGAAGAAAAUGUUACACAUAAUAAAUCAAGGGUGGAUUUUGAAUAUAUGCUGGAAGCACCUAAAUCUGUCAACCAGAAACCAGGAGAGGAAUCGAUGGGUUACCUCAACAAGGGACAGUUUUACCCCAUCACAUUGAAAGCUAUGGAAGGUGACAAGUGUCAGCAAUCGUCCUCAACCAAAGUUCGAAGUAUGAUCAUGGCUGUUUUUGACAAUGCAAAGACUACAGAGGAGCAAGUGAAGUAUUGGAAACACUGGCAUUCCCGACAGCAUACAGUUAAGCAACGAGUCAUUGAUUUUGCAGAUUACAAAGAAAGCAACAACACAAUCAGCUGUGUGGAAGAAGUGGCAUUUAAUGCCCUGUCUUUUAUCUGGGAUUCUAACAGGGAAGCAAAGGUUUACAUUGGCAUUAACUGCCUUAGCACAGAUUUCUCCUCACAGAAGGGAGUCAAAGGUCUUCCCUUGAAUCUCCAGAUCGACACCUAUGACUGUGAAGCCAAAUCGGACAAGCCUAUUCACCGAGCUGUCUGUCAGAUUAAAAUAUUCGUGGACAAGGGUGCUGAGAGAAAAAUGAGAGAUGAAGAGCGCAAGCAAUCGAAAAGAAAAAGCAAGUCUCCGGAUUCCACCACAGAUACCACUGAUAACAAAAGGAUUCCACUGACAGACCAUAAAGGAAUUGACAUCACUUAUUUUAAGCCAGUGACAGAUCUCAUUUCUCCUCCUAUUCUGUUCACCCCAGAAGCCCAUUUUCUGUACUCACAACGAACUGGAUCGGGCCAUUCGAUGAGUUGUGAAGUCACAAAUCCUGAGAGGUUUCCAAUGAAGAGGGAUAACAAGACUCUGUACAAAGAUGAAUUGGACCCUCCAGUCAAACAAGCUAGACUUUGUGAACCAGAAAGAGUGCUGUUGUAUGUGAGGAGGGAGUCAGAUGAAGUUUUUGAUGCUCUGCUUUUGAAGACUCCUGACCUCAAUGGAUUGAAGAACGCUAUUUCAGAAAAGUAUGGGCUGCUUAAGGAGAGAAUUUCUAAAGUUUACAAGAACUGUAUGAAAGGAAUCUUGGUAAACAUGGAUGAUAACAUUGUGCAGCAUUAUUGUAACCAUGCUGCAUUUUUGGUUGAAAUAAAGGACGUAAAUGGAAGCUGUCAAAUAACACUUAAAGAAGUUUAAAGGGCCUCAACAUUCAUGGACAAACUCAAAGAAACCUCAAUAUUAGGAACAAAACAGUCACUGCUCUACCUCUUCCCUUUCUCUCCAUGUACAUACGCUUCUGGCUGCUUUCAAUAUUUGAACCCAAGAUCUUUGUGCCAAUACUUUCUACUGACCAGGUGUAAAAAUGAGCUUGUUGAAGCCAAGCAUGAAGAACUCAAAGCUAACCUAUUUUUAAUCUACACUCCUGUUGGAUGAACCCCCUUGUAACAUUGAAGAUUUUUUUUUCUUACCUAUUUACACUACUGGUUAAAGGACUUGUUAAAUCUCCAGUGUCAAAGUGCUAAAUGAUUUCAGCUCCACAAUAUCUUAUUGACUGUUGGACUAUAUAUGUGGAAUCACUUACCAGUUGAUGUCCAUGUGUGUGUAUUUCAAGUGUGAUAUUUUUGAAUUAUUCAUCUUUUUAUGCAAUUUACGUGUCAGUUUUUAUUGAAAAUUCAGUUAAUUUCAUAUUUUCAGCAGAUUUUUCAAUAUGAACUAUUUACACAAAGUCUAUCAAUUAUUUUAUGGUGCCCAUGAUGUAUGUGGAAAAUUUCAUUGUUCAUAUGAGAAAAUUUAGAAAAAAUUUUCUUUUUGAGGGACAUUAUCGUCAAGAUAAUUUAAAAAGUUCUCUUUUCUUGAAAUAUUAGCAAAGUUAAUGGUUUCAAAAUUGUAUCCUUACCUUUCACACAUUAUGAAUCUGUGAUAUAUAUCCCUCAUGCUUCAGUCAAGGCAAUAUUCAUACGUACUCAUUUUAAUGCUACAAAAUGGUAUUAGGACCUCCUGAUAUAAUCAAGGAUUUCCAAAAUCUUUAAAACUAUCCACAUAUAGAAGGCAUACGUGUUUUUGAAUCAUGGUGUGCUGGUAUCGUGUCAUGAUUUGAAACAUUAAAACAAUGUAUUAUGGAUACGUGUAAACUAUUGUAUCCCAGAUUCAUUCAGCAGUCACACACAGUGACCUAACAACUCUCAGUUAUCAAAAUAUUACUCAGGUGACUAUAUUUAAAAUAUUAGGAGACUUGUUAACUGCCUACUUUUAAAAAAAAAGUCAUGUAUACAUUCUUUAUUUUUAUAGCAAAUAUUCUCUGGUAUUGACACUUGUCGAACUCAGUGCAAAAGAAGUGUUGAUUUCCAUUGCAGGAAUCCCCUGACUCCUAUUGGUUUAUUGUUUUGAGCUUUAGCAUUUUAACUGAGCUUCCAAAUUUAAUGAUAGAUUUAUUGACAAAGUACUUAAGGUGAUACUACAUUUCUGUGCUUGAAAAUAUGACAAAUCAGAGUGAUUCAAGUUUUUUGUCUCUCUCUAAGUAUAUUUUCCCCUCUUAACUAAUGUUUGUGAGAAUAUUUACUUGUCAGAAAUGUCUAUUCAGUUGACACUUGCCUUACCAUCCGCGCACAAAAGCAGGAAAAUGUCUUGUCAACAAUUGUCUUGCCUCAUUUUCUGUUGCCUUAUGAUGAUUGUUAUGUGGUACUGUAAGUUGUGAUGUCUAUUGUAUUGUGCUCUGCACUGUGAAGCAUGUGUUUUUUUUAUACAAAGAAUAAGGCUCACAUAUGAACAGUGUGGUGAAGGAUGUUUCAUGUUUUCUUUAUGAUGCUUUUCAAACUGCAGUAUGGUCUCUGAUUUGCCAGACAUAGUUUUGUUACCCCACUGAAAUGAAUCAGCUUCCAGGAGGAUUCUUAAUAGCAUGGUAUACAAACUUCACUGCCAAAUUCCUGUAAAAAUUUCAAUUGAAAAAUGUAAAAUGUAACUUUUAAAGUGAAAUUGCUGUAGUUGAUACAUCUCUCUUCGAAUGAGUGAAUUGAGUCUCCUACUGUGUCUAUAUGCAGGAGCAGGGACAAAAAGCACGCGCCCCAGUGCUGCUUCUGUUCUGGGUCCCAGUGCUGAUUUGAGCCCAGCAAGCCCCCUAGAAUCCUAGCCCUGGUUAUUGCCCCAUGACAUACCUCCUGUAUUGGGAUUUGUAUAUAUGCCAUUUUCAUUGUGUUUAUCUCUCACAUAGCCACUGAGAUGUAGUUUAUUAAAGUCACCAUUGCUACUUUUUCAACA